AUGCAGACUGUUCAGGUGCUUAAGACGCCUGAUCAGCCGCAGCAACAGGGUGGCCCCCCUGCAAGGCCUGUGGUGUCAGAAUUUUCCAUCUCAGAAUCCAAAGCCCGUAGGCCCAGAGUCAACAACCUUCCCCAGCUCAAGGGUCAGCUGCUGGAGAAAGAUCAGCUAUACCUCCUGGAGGUCAUCCAGAACUGCCAGGCAGCUCAGAUCAGGGGGCUCCAAACCCUGAAGUGCUCCAAGCAGGAGCCAGCCAAAGCCAUUAUGCACAUCUUUGGCCACUUGGAGCACUUCAGGGAUUGCCCCCUGGCCUCGGAGGCCCUCCUCCAGCUGAGCUUCAUGAGACCCCAUUUCGGCUGCGAUAUGGUCAGCGCUAUCCUGUAUAGGACAAUGGAGGCUGUUCUUGGGGGCGCAGAAAAGGAGGAGGACAAAGAGGAACUGAAGAGGCACUUCCAGAGCCUGCUGGGGGGUCUUCUUCUGGAGGCCCCCAAUGCUGGCACCCUCCACCAGCUGCUCGCUGACCUCCGAUUUUACGCCCUUUGGAGAAGUGACGCGGAAAGGAAACUAGCAGCCAGCAGCAUUUCUCUGCUGUUGGCCGUUUCACGAAGAUUCCCCCACCUCAGAGUAAGUAUCUUGCCUUUCUGUAUUCAUUUCUUUGGUUGCUUCCAUCUCCCCAAGAGCACAUCACCCAGCAUCUUUUAA